UUUGAAAGUAAUCUGAAUUAUGAAGAACAGACAGAAUUUGAAAUGUUAAAGAAAUAUUGCUUUAUCCCAUACAACGUUAUCUUACGUUUCGAUCAUUCAUAUGAAAUGGAAUCAGUUCUUCCAUCUGUGGAUCGAGAACUUGGAAAUGUGGAAGUUAGACAGAAUGAUAUACAUGUGGCAGUAGAAAUUACUCGUUCUGCAUUGCCUGCAAUUGAAUAUUAUCCUUUGUCUGAUGUGAUACUUGAUUAUUUACCCUAUUUGUGUGCAAUUAACAAAGCAUCUCGAGCCAAAAUACUUUCAUCUCGUCGUGCGGUGCACUACUUUGAUGAAUAUCAUGGCAGCAUGAAAAUAGAUCCCACUGGUACUAUGAAAAUUGCUCUGCUUGAUUACACGCUGUUAAACUGA